AUGGAUUUCCUCUCAACAGCUCCUUAUGUCAUCCUUCCUUCUUUCAACCAAGAAACGUACUAUGAAGAAGAAGACGACAACAACGUUCAUCGUGACAUUCUAUUCGACAACAAAUACUAUAAGUGGAACACUAUCUUCAACUCUCAUGAAGGUGCUUGGUGUGUAGGUUCUUCUAAUAAUUUCUUGAUAUUUCUUGACAACAAAGGUUGUCCUUUUCUUCUAAAUCCAUCUUCCAAUACUUUUAUUCAUGUUCCACCUUUUACCCCAUCAUUCAUUAAACAUGCAAAUGUUCCCUCUUAUUCUUAUUAUGUUCAAUAUCUUCGCAAAACUUUUGUAUCCAAAGCGGUGUUGAUGUCUUCUCCGUCUCCUUCACAAUACACCCUUGCCAUUAUGUAUGAUUGUCCAUGCAGAAUUGCUUUUUGCAAUAAUCAUAAGGCUUCAUGGGUUGAACUCAAUGAUGCGAAACGGUCUUAUUCUGAUAUUGUGUUUGAUAAUAACAUUCUAUAUGCUUUGGAUGAAGAUGGAUCAAUUGAAGGGUGGGAUUUUCUUUAUAAGAAGAAUCCGAAAAAGAUUUUGGAAAUUAAUUAUCCAACCAUGAUUUUAGAUAAGGAACAAGUGAUAAAAUUUUCAGUUGAUAAGUUUUCAUCUAAACUUUAUUUGGUGAAAUCCAAAGGAGAUUUCUUGUUGAUAGAAAGGUUCAUUGGUAAUUUCGUUCGUGCUAAUGGUGAAGUAGUUUAUGAAGGAAGUUGUCUAUCGGAUGAGGUUGAAAUUUGUCCUUAUAGAACAAAGCAUUUUAAUGUGUACAAACUUGAUUUGGUGAAGAGAAAGUGGGAAAAGGUGAGGUCUUUAGAUGGUCAAGUUGUGUUUGUAGGUGCUAACGAGUCAAUGUUACUGGAUGCUUUCAAAUGUCGGAAUGAAGAAAAUUCAAUUUACUUUAGUGAUGAUAGAUGGGAAGAGAUGAACUUAGACUAUUUAUACGGUGGACAUGAUUGGGGUGUUUUUCAUCUUGAAGAUUCAAGUGUCAAGUUCUUAGCUCCUUAUGCAAAUAAGAUGGAUCCACCACCUAUUUGGGUAGUUCCAUAUUCUAAUUAA